AUGCCAAGCAACAGGAUCCUCUGCGUUGCUGAGAAGCCUGCUAUUGCCAAGGCAGUCGCCCAGCAUCUCUCUGGAGGCUCUAUGCAAACGUUCCAUAUUCAGGGCAAUCAAUAUGUGAAGAACUAUAGUUUUAAUUUCAACUUCGGCGGAGCAUGGGGCACCUGCGAAGUGACGAUGACCAGCGUUAUUGGCCAUUUGACGGCCGCCGAAUUCGGAAGUCAGUACAAAGGCUGGCAAUCUUGUCCCCCUAGUGUGUUGUUUGAAGUGCCGAUCUAUGUGAAUGUUGAUCCUGACAAACGAUCCAUCGCCGAAAACAUCCAGCAACAAGCCAGGUUCUGCAAAGCACUCUUCAUCUGGACCGAUUGUGACCGUGAAGGAGAGCAUAUUGGGACUGAGGUUAGAAACCAAGCCUUGAUAGGCAAUGCGGCGAUCCAAGUCAAACGAGCAAAAUUCAGCAAUACCGAGAAAGCUCAUGUUCUGAGAGCAGCUCGUGAGCCUGUGGAUCUCGAUGAGAAGCAAGCAAAUGCAGUUGCUGCAAGAAUUGAGCUUGAUCUGCGAAUCGGUGCCGCUUUUACACGCUUACAGACACUUCAAUUAAAGAUACUUGGUAGCCCUUUAGAUGAGCGGACAAUCAGCUAUGGAUCCUGUCAGUUUCCGACCCUAGGCUUCGUCGUCGAUAGAUACCUCCGUGUCCAAAACUUCAAACCGGAGAGUUUCUGGGCUAUUAAGGUCAUGCAGAAGCGUGAUGGCAUCGACGUUAACUUCAACUGGCGUCGAGUCCAUCUUUUUGACCGGGCAGCAGUGAUAGUCAUGUUGGAGCGUUGCCUCGCAGCAAAAAAAGCCAAGGUUACCAAGGUGACAAAAAAGCCGACGAGCAAAUGGAGACCUCUCCCUUUAACCACCGUCGAUCUGCAGAUGAUGGGUAGUAAGUAUCUGCGGAUGACUUCUCAUCAAGUCAUGCAGGUAGCAGAAACAUUGUAUACCCGAGGGUUUAUUAGUUAUCCACGUACGGAAACGGACCAAUUUGAUAAAGGUAUUGAUUUGAAGAAAUUGAUCGAAAAACAAGUCACAGAUCGAACAUGGGGGCAAUACGCAAAUAGUCUAUUGGAGGGCAAGUUCAGGCAACCUCGAACCGGCACGCACAAUGACCAAGCUCAUCCCCCAAUUCACCCAAUCUGUGCUGUAGGGCAGCAAGCAUUGAAAGAUGAUGAAAAGCGAGUGUUUGAAUUUGUGACUCGCCGGUUCCUCGCAUGUUGCUCGGACGAUGCCAAGGGUCAAAAAUCCGAGGUUGAGAUUGAGUACGGUGAGGAGAUGUUCCAUGCCAACGGUCUCCUAGUCCUGGAACGAAACUACUUGGAUGUUUAUGUCUACGAUAAAUGGGAGAGCAGCACGCAACUUCCAGACUUUCAGGUUGGGGAAAUAUUUGAACCUACGGAGGCAAAGAUUACGGAUGGAAAAACAACUGCGCCUACAUAUUUGACAGAGCCAGAACUCAUUGCCCUAAUGGAUGCUAACGGAAUUGGUACUGAUGCUACGAUGGCUGAGCACAUUAAUAAGAUCAAGGAGCGAGAAUACGUCGCUUCCCGCCCCCGUUCAGGUGGCGCCAGUGGUGGCGGUGGAGGAGGAGGAGGAGGAGGAGGAGGAGGAGGAGGAGGUCGAGGUCGUGGACGAGGGGGAAACAAUACAGGGGUUCAAGAGCUCAUUCCCACUCGACUCGGAAUUGCUCUUGUCGAGGGCUACGACAACGUCGUCGCCGGUCUCGCUGACUGCCCUUCCCUGAGCAAACCAUUUCUACGAAAAGAAAUGGAACUGCGAAUGAGGGAUAUCUGCAACGGCAUCACAACACGAAGAGAAGUAGUGGACCAAAACCUAGACAUGUACCGCGGUGUCUUCAUUCACACCCAGCGAAGGAUUAAUAUGCUCAAAGAGGCGUGUCGGAAAUAUGUCCUUCAACAAGGAACGGUGAUAAAUGGGCGAUGA